AUGAAUAUAAAAGAAUUGAUUAUUUAUCCAGUGAAAUCAUGUGCUGGUAUUAAAGUACAAGAAGCACUUGUAACAAAAUAUGGUUUAGCAUAUCCAUCAAACCCUCAAGUAUUUGAUAGACGAUGGAUGGUAGUGAAAAACGGUCGACAUCUAUCCCAACGAGCUCCCGAUAUGAUCGAUCUCCAUAUUCCAAUUCAUUCACUACCAAAAGAAGUCAUUCAAUGCUAUUGUUGGGAUCAACCUAUUUUUGGUCUACGUUAUGAUAAUAACGUUUCGCAAUGGCUAAGAACAUUUCUUGAUACAGAAGAUGAAAUUGAUUUAGUUGUAUUUGACAAUGAAAAGUUUCAAGGUCGUUUAACGAAAGAUUGUGAAGCACCUAAUAUCGCUCGGGACAAUGAUACAAUUGUUUAUCAUGAUAUGUGUCCAAUACAUUUAUGCUCGUUAAAAUCAAUUGACGAUUUGAAUACAAGGUUAAAGAAAAAAGUUCAAGUUUAUAAUUUUCGACCAAAUAUUAUUGUUGGAAAUAUUGAAAAACCUUAUGAUGAAGACUAUUGGAGGGAAAUUGAAAUUGGUCAAGUUAAAUUAACUUGGAUUGCAGCUUGUCCAAGAUGUUUAUUACCAACAGUUGAUCCUAAGACGGGUAUUAAAGACCCUGAUCAAGAACCUUGGAACACAUUACGAAGUUAUCGUCUUAAACCCGAUAUAUAUCGUGAUAAAGCAUUAUUUGGUAUUGAUUUAGCACCAACAGAUGAGAAAAAUAAUAUUUCAGGAAUUGUUCGUGUUGGUGAUGCAAUUCGAAUUUUAAAAGAUGAACCUCAUUUUUGGGAUAAAAAAGAAUUAUCAUCUUGA